CUUGCGCGGUGAGCGGUGAGUUGUUUCGAGUGCGCAAUCUCCUAAAGAGGCCGCUUUCGGCGCUGUGUUUUUCGUGCAAAUCAGAAAAAACAAAAUGGUGUCUACUUAAUUCAAUAAUAUUCUGCAUUUAAUGCAUGAUUGCAAACAAUAAGCCGUUUUUCCAUGCGGUAAUUGCUAAACGGCAAUGAGAGUGAACAAAAUCCACUAAACGAAAAUGCUUUGCUAAAGCACAGUUGAGGGUAAUUUUUGAAUUUGAAAAAACUAAAGAAAACGUAGAGAUGAACGUGAACCUGUUGCAUUGGCUAUGUGGGGUGGGAUUGCCGAAUCGCUAGUUUAGCAAAUCCUGUUUUUCUGCAUUAUGAGGGAAAUGGUAGGAGGCUGUUGUGUUUGUUCUGAUGAUAGAGGCUGGUCUGAAAAUCCACUUGUUUACUGCGAUGGACAAUCUUGUACUGUAGCUGUUCAUCAAGCUUGUUAUGGUAUUGUUACUGUUCCCACUGGUCCGUGGUAUUGUCGUAAAUGCGAAAGUCAAGAGCGGUCUGUAAAAGUGAAAUGCGAGCUGUGUCCCAGCAAAUAUGGAGCUCUCAAACGUACCGACAAUUCCGGUUGGGCGCAUGUCGUUUGUGCUUUAUAUAUUCCAGAAGUUCGAUUUGGGAAUGUCACCACUAUGGAACCUAUUCAAUUGCAAUUGAUUCCUGCAGAGAGAUUUAAUAAGAUUUGCUACAUAUGUGAAGAAAAAGGUAAACCUUCUAAUGCAAACGUAGGUGCUUGCAUGCAAUGCAAUAAAAUUGGUUGUAAGCAACAAUUUCACGUAACUUGUGCUCAAGGAUUGGGCUUGCUCUGCGAAGAAGCAGGGAACUAUUUGGACAACGUCAAAUAUUGUGGCUAUUGCCAGUAUCAUUACAGCAAACUGAAGAAAGGAGGAAACGUUAAAACCAUUCCCCCCUACAAGCCAGUGGCGAACGAGGCCCAUAACUCGGACUCGAAUUCGGAGCGUGAGCACGACCACGGCGGUCCCUCCAACUCCAAAACCGGCAUAUCUCCCCCGUCUUCCGGCAAGAAAAAAGGCCUACAAGGCGCCCCCAGACCGCCUGUCACCAAGAAUACCGGCAAAGCCGCUCCGCCGCCGCAACAACAACCGCCCAAAACCGUGCAGCACAAUAAUAAUAACAAGUCGACCAACGAAAAGACUAGAAGUUCGACCGCGGCGAAAAUCGCGAGUGCCGACGUCACGGAUAAGAAAGAGCCCGAUAGUGAGCCGCCGCAGCGCGAAAAAGAACCCAGAGACACGAAGGGUUCGAAAAAGCGCAAAGCGAACUCGAGGACGCCUACUCCGGUUACGGUAACGCCCACGGAAGUUAGUGUCGUGACGGCUGUUACUAGUGCGGGAACUACGAGUACUGUUAGUGUGACUAGUAGUCCGGUGAAUAGUGAUAAAAAGAGUGGUGGUGGUAGUACGGACACUGAUAAGGCCAAAAAGGCAAAAGUGGACGCUACGCAAUCCAUACUGUCCAACCAACCGGUGGUCGCUCUGACUUCGAUAUCCCCCCUAAAACCACCCGCUCCCCCUCCUCCCGCGACAGUCGAACCGACCGUUCCUACCGAAACGGUAGUAACGGCGCCUUCGAUCAUUCAACCCACACCGCAAGUACAUUCCCAAUCGCUUGUCGUAUCCGUGCCCCUAGUAAAUACUACCCUGAGUCCCCACAAAGGAGUCCUAAACAACCAAACAAGUGUGUUGACUCCCCUCGCUCAAGAAAGAAGUAGCAGCAGAGGCAGUACGGAAAGAAGUACCCCUGUUAUUUCUGAAAAUAUGAUCGGUGGAAACAGUAAUCAAGAUCUCUUAACCGCCGAAAUGAAUUCCGGUGGUUUGAAAAUUACUUACGAAAAGCAAGUGGAUUCCAUUAAUACUGAAGUGGACAUGGAAUUAGAGCUUGACACCACCCCUUCCGCCAACGUUGAAGUACCUGUCAAACGAGGAAGAUCUCAAUCCCAGUCGAACGAGAAGACGGAUCGCGUGAGUCGCAGCAAAAAACGAAACAGCGCCGGCGGCGGUUCGAAUUCGAAUCCCGCCCCCGCAGCGAUCAACAACAACGCCGCCCCGCCUAAGAGGUCGAGUCGAUCGCACGUCACUCCGCCUCCUGAAUCGCCAGGCGCCUUCAGUUCGAUAACGCAAUCGCAGAUUAAGGAUUCGCCGCCUAGCAGUCCGAGUUCCGAGAGCCAAAGCGUGCCGCCCAGUUCGGCCAAUAGGAGGACGAGAGCGAGGAAGAGCGAUUCGUCUGUGAUCGGAACCGGUUCCGGAUCGUCGAAGGACAGCAAGGAUGUUAAAAUUUUCCAGAAUGGUCUCGCUGCACCCCACAUGUUAGGUAACCAAUUGAAUCCCAAUUCGACGAUGCAUUCGAAGAUGAGCGACCAUCUUACCAAUGAGUUAGAAGCUCACAGCAUCUUUAACCCCAACGAAAAUAAUUCUAGUCUUGUGGGACCUCAGCUCCACCAUCGAGUACUGCAAUCCGCGAGGGCUAGUAGUACUGGAUCCAGUACUGCUUCAGGCGGUAGUGGACUGUCUUCCAUGCUGGGCGGAAGUAGUGGUAACAUACCCCAGACGCUGGACCAAUUAUUAGAGAGACAAUGGGAGCAGGGCUCUCAGUUUCUUAUGGAGCAAGCUCAACAUUUUGAUAUUGCUUCUCUCCUUUCCUGUUUACACCAACUUCGAGCCGAGAAUUUGAGGUUAGAAGAGCAUGUGAGUUCGUUGUUGCAACGAAGGGACCACCUGUUGGCUGUAAACGCGAGACUCGCCAUUCCCUUGACAGGUCAACCAGCGGCGGCGCCGUUGUCCUCCCAUCCCCAUUCAGCGUUCCCAGAGAGUUCUGUAUUUACAGUAAAUAAUAUCCAUCCGUCAGUGGCGGCCGUUCACGGUGAAGUCCCGCGACCGUCGCGACACAGCGGCGGCGCAUCGGGUUACCCGACGCAUCCGCAGGCCUCGGCGCAGCACCCGCCCAUGGAGAAUGGGCUGCCCCCUGAUACAUAUCCGACAGGUUCCCACAGGAGCAGGAGUCCCGGCAACCAACAGAGUCCUAAUGUGAGAAGUUCACCAGUUGGGGCGUAUCCCAAUAGUAGCGGACGUUCAGCACCCCGGCCCCAACCUUAUCCAUCAUACGAUAGGCCGGGGUCCUCUGCACCACAACAGAUAUACAAGACAAUUCACCAUGUGUUGUGCAAAGUAUUAAUUUUAGUUUUUUUACCUGAUGUACUAACUUCAUUAGAAAAGAAAAGUUUAAGCGGUUCAACAGAUUUGAUUGAUACAGUUUCUGAUAAAUGUAAAAAUGUUUCUGGUGACAUAGGUCUUAGAAUUAGACAACAAUUAAAUACAACUUUAUGGAAGAAUGAAGGAUUUAAAGCAAUUAUGGAAGCGAAGGAAAUUUUUGAGGGUGGUAAUACGAAGAGAGAGGGGCGACAGAGAACCGGAGAUGUUUCACCAUGCAUCCUCGAACCCUAGCUGAAAUCUUGUUGACCCUUCAUUUAGUAUUAUUACCGAAUUGUUGAUACUUGCGUUGACAAAUCAUUGAAAAAAGUAGCGUCAUUUUCAGAAAGAAAGAAAAAACGGUUACUAGUCAAUUUAAUUCGAACAUCUGAAUGUUCGCUUCAAGGUUUUUAUAAAAACCUUAACUUUACCUUCUUAGUUUGCUCCUGAGCCAAUAGAGUAGGUAAUUAAUGCGUUCAGAACAUUUUUUGACUGCGCAGGCGUGAGCUGUCACCUGUCAUGUGAUAUGUCAUAGCCGAUAGAACUCUAUCCAUAGAUGGCGCAACUGUGACGUCAUAUGAAAUGACAGAUGACAGUUCAAAAUCGUUCUCAACGUAUUCAUUACCUACUAAAUAAGUUCAUUAAAGUUUAUACAGGAAGAUAUUUAAAUCCGGAUUUAUAAAAUUAGUUAAAUUUCUAUCGAAAAAUGUAUGAAAUAAUGUUUGUAUCUUUUUGAAAAAUCCAUUUGAGCUGAUUAAUUUUGUCUGGAAAUGAUAAAUCGAUAAAAAUGUAAACAAUAUCGAUGUUUCCAGUAUGGGUACUCCUGUAAGGAAGAGUAAGUUUUCAGAAUGUAAUAAAAUAAAAAAAUAUAUGAAAUUUCUUUGCCAAAUUUACUUUUGGGUAUAUACAGAGAGUCCAAAAGUUAUUUGUUAUAAUUUAAUAAUUUUUGUUUCUUAAUAGUUUACAAUAGCUUAAAAUUAUUGAUAUGGUUAGAUAUGAUUAGAUAGUAUUUAAAACAUCACACGGUAUCAUAGAUAUACCAUUAUAACAGAUCAGGUCAAUAAUAAAAUGAAUAAUAGUUUUUGAUUUUACCAUACAUUUUAGGAAUAUCCUGUUUAUAUAAUGGUUUUUACACCUUAUUUUUGAAUUUUUUUCUUUUGAUCUUGGGAUAUAGCUUUUCUUUUUUUUUUAUAUAUAAAUAAAACUAGUUUUGUAUAGUUUUCGGCCACUGUUUUGUGUCUUUCCUUUUAUUUGUUUUUAUUAAAUUGAUCAUAAUUUUUAUCUUUUCUAUUACUUGUUUUUUUUUUUAACUUAUUGACUCAUGUUUAAAAUUGUUUUACUAUAGGUACUUAGCAUACUAUUACUACUUCAUAUGUCAAGAGCAUGCAACAAAAAUCUAGUUUUUUUUUAUGGAUUACACUUAGAAAUUCUGUGUUAAUCAUAUUUUUCGUUUAUUUCAAUUUCAAUGACCAUUCCUAAGUACAUAUGUUGAUAUUCUGAAUCUGAAUGGCCAUGCCAUCUUCAAAUAUCAAUUGUGCUAUUUACAUUUCUUCCAUCUUCUUGAAUCGAUUUUAUAUUUUAUUUUCUUUUGUGACAUUAUUAAUUGCUGCUGCAAAUAAAAUUGAACUCUGAAUGCAUCCAUGCUUAGUGCCUAACUCCUAUUUUCUACUGAGAAUUCUUUAGAAUCUUCGUAAUUUAAUCAAAUAAUUUUUAUUUAUAUAAAAUUUAACUAUGGCCGGGAAAAAAUAUAUUAGUGCCGUUUUAUAACUGCAAAAGCGCUUGUUAUAAUGACUUAUAAAAUUUUAUUACAUUUCUGAAAACACACUUUAAAAGAGGUGACCUUUCUAUUUGCUGGUUCAUAAUGAUUUACCUCUUUUUUUACCUAAUGGCCUCUGUAAUAAUGUGCUUGACUCAAGAAUUUUAAAAUCUUUAUUUAAAUUUUAAUAGUUUGUCUAUUGUACAAUGUGCUUACAAUAUAAUGAAAGAAUUUUAUCAGUAAAUAUGUAUGUGCAAUUUCACUAUGGCUUUGUUUUGACUUCUGUCGAGGUGAACUCUUAAGAGUUAUGACACGAUUUGUUAAGUUACGCCUUGUCUGGAUUCGGACCAAUGAUUUUGUUCCUCCUAACUUAUCUUUUUCGAGUUUUGUGCUUUAUGUGAUGUGACUGGAUGAGGCAAUGUUUGCUCUUAAUUCGUCGGAAUAUUUUUUAUGUAUGUUCUGCGAUAAUUUUUUACCACGUUUUCCGAUUACUGUGGUUCUUUUUUUGUUAGAACGAGGGUACCUCACAGGUGGCCCCAAAUAUAAAUUUGGUCAAGAUUAGAUGAUGAGAUCCAUAAGAAAAUCAUCAAUUUCAUUCAUUUUUUGAGUCGAUUUUUUAAAAUAACUUUGGCAGUUAGCAUUUAAAUAUCUACCCGUACAAUUUUUACUGAAUUUAUUUGCUCUAAAUCGUACAUUUAAGGAAAAAUUAACAUUUUCUGUUGAGUAUUAAUUUUUUUUGUUUUUGGCGAGCAACAUAGAUCGAUUGAUUGCCGAUUUUUUUUAACAAUUUUUUUACUGAGGCUGAUAAGUAACUCGUAUGCCAAAAAUUAUACUAUUUUUAAUUCGAUUUUGACGAUUCGUUUAUUGUGUUCAUAUUCGGAAUAGCAUUUGAUAUUUCGAUAUCUCAAAAAACUCCUUUACAGUUUUUUGACUAUUAUUAUUAUUAUUAUUAUUAUUAUUAUUAUGAUUAUUUUCUUCUGUUAAUUUUAAUUAUUUAAUGUGACAUUUAAAUUAUUUUUAAAUUUAGUCCCAUUUUUAAUUUUUAUAUUAUUUUGUCUUAUUUUGUCUACAUACAAAAAGCUGGUUAAAAAAAACGAAUAGGCAAAAUAUUGGUUAAGUUAAAUCUUCUAUAAUUUUUAAAUCGAUAUUCAUUAAAUUUUCGUCAAAUUAAAUAUAUUUUCUAAACGCUUUGUGAAUUAAUAAUUUACAUUGUUUUAACGUAAUAACAUAAGAUUUUUUUACCUUUAAACAAAACACUACGCAUAAUUUUAAAACUCUUUCAAUAAAUUUUUUGUAAUUUUUGAUGGUAUUAAGUUGUGAACAAUUUAAAAAAUGUUCAUGCGAAAAAUAUCUUUAAAUGGAAAGAGGUGGCAGUACUUAUAUAUUACCAACAGUAUUUCUAUUAUCUAAAUGUACUAAUGAAUAUGACAAUGAAAACCACAAAAUUUAAUGCAACAUUCUUGAAUGUACACUCAAAAUAUAAGACUAAUUUUAAUUUCCUGCACAAAAGGAUUCAUUCGGUACAUAUGCAAAUCGUUGGUAAACAAGAAUAGUGACAGAACUCAAAAAUAUAGAUUCUUAAGUUUUUUGUUUCCUGUCAUGAUCUUGCAUCAUUUUAAAAAUAUUUAAAUCUUGUUUGAGAAUACACAUUAGUGUCUAUUUUGUAUUCAAACAAUAAUAAGUUUGCUUUGAUAAUAUUAAAAAAAAAAACAAAAGUAUAUUUUCAUCACUCUUUUGAGUUGUGACGAUUUUCCAGAAAAGUAUAUUUCACACCAUUUUAAUAAUGACCUUUUCAAUAAUAAUGUCCUAUUUUGACUUGUGUCACUCGUUAAAAAUAAUGUUCUUAAUUUAUUUUUGAUAAAACUGGAAUACUUUGAUUUAUGUCACUCUAGCCGAAAAUUGCCGAUCUUGUCUUAUCGAGUAUCGGAGAACAACUAGAUUUGUGGCACUCUUCAUCAUAAUAAACAUGCGACUUUGGAUUACGAGAAAAACGACACAACCACUUUUCAGCGGUCAUUUUUGAAAGUAGCAAUAUUAUCGUUCUUUCACAUAAAAAUAUGUGGAUUUUCUAUACAUUUUCACAAUAAGCUCAGAAAUUGUAUUUUUUAAGUUGUGUUAGUCAAUAUUCUUGUGCACCAACGAAAUAUUGUAACAUUGGCACCUAAAAGUUAAGUUGAUGAUAUAUGUGUAUACCAAAUUUAGAACAUGUUAAAAUAAAAAAUUUAUAGUGAUACAUAUAUGUACCAGCAGUAUUUUUGUGUGGUACCUAAGCGUACCAGUUAACAAUUCUAUGAAGAAUAUAAAAUUUACUACGAACAUAUUAUUGCUGUAUUCAGAAACGACAUUGGACUUAAGCAGUUCCAGGUGAUACCAAUACAAAUAGCAAGUAACACUGGCCGUCCCAAAUGUUAAAGUGUUGGUACAAAUAUGUACCAAGGUUUCAUCAACCUCCGGUAAAAAAUAAUCUGAAAACUAGUUUUUCACUUUCAAACCGCAACAAGACUAGAUUUGCUGGGACUGUUGCUUAUUUCCCUAUUACAUUUAUAUACUUGCUGGUACACAUGUGUACCAAAUUUAGAACAUGUUUAUGAAAACAAUAUAUUGAGCGCGAAAGGGGGGUUGUGGUACAUAUAUGUACCAGCAGUAGUUAUGUGUAAUAAAUUUAAAGCAUGUUUGAGUGAAAAAUAUCAUCUUUAGAGUGAAAGAGGAGAUGGUACAUAUACAGGGUGUCCCGAAAUUAGACGGUCAUAUUUAAACAGCAUAAUCUACAUCCUAAACUAGGAAUAAAAGUUCAUAUAAACAUAGGUCCGAAAACGUUUCUUUUCCGAUAUACAGGGUGUUAAAGGUGAAGUCCUGAUGACAUACUUUUGUAAAUAUUUUCUACGCUCUAUUUAAUGAACUAAACCCCAGUUUUUGAUCAUCUUCAUAGGUGGGUAAAUUAGGGUAAAAUUUUUCUUUUGUUGACAGUUUUUAACAUUUUUGACUAUAAAAUUUGGGAAACCAAUGUUUUCUUUAUAAUAAAGCUACUUUUGUUGCAUCUCGCAAUAGAAAAGCAUUUGAAAAUUUCAUGAUAAGUUAAUGUUAUCUUAUUCGAAAGUGCAAAAAAUAAUUAGUAGGCUUGUGGAAUCAGAAUUUUUUUUUUUUUAACUUUGAAAAAUCGGUGACUAAAGAAAUUUUAGAAAAUAAUUACAAAAAUGUGCCAUCAGGACUUCACUUGUAACACCCUGUAUCUCGAAAACGGAACGUUUUCGGACCUAUGUUUAUGUAAAUUUUUAUUCCUAUUUUAGGAUGUAGAUUACGCUGUUAAAAUAUGACCGUCUAAUUUAGGGACACCCUGUAUAUACAAGCAGUAUUUCUGUAUUGUAUCUAAGCGUACCAGUUAGCAGUUUAUUGGAGACCACAAAAGGUGCUACAAUGGAAUAACACUAAUAAUUUGGGGCUAAUUUCUUCAAGUACAAUAUUGGGCUAAACAGUCCUUGAUGUGAAUACAAAUAGGAAAUCAAUCACACAAAUUAAGUUGGUGGUACACAAGUGUAAAAAAUCCAGUGAUAGUUAAUUUCAAUAACAUUCAAAAACAUAUUGAAGAUUAAAACGUGACCAAAUUUUUUCUUAACCGUUUUUUUACCAGUAAAUUUUUUUGUAGUGGGUUCGUUUCAAAUGAAAAUUUUUAUACGCUUUCAUUUUAAACUCCCAUUCCGGUAAUUUUUUUUGCCAAAAAUGCAAAACUCAGAAAAUUUAAAAUCAUUGUUUAAUUUUUUCAAUAUGGUCUCCGCUUAUUUAAAAUCUACAAAUACGUUUUUUAUUUUAUUUUUAUAAUUAGAAAAUGGUCCUGAAGAUGGUCUAAUAAAAAAGUAGAAACGUCGAUGAUGUUUUAAAAACAAAUCUGGUUGUUUUUUGAUGAUCAACAAGAUUCUAUGAAUUUAGUUAUUUUUAUGAUACAUACUGUAUAAAGCUUAAAACCGUUUUACGGUAAGUUGGAUAGAAUAAAUAUAAAUUUGCUCAAUUUUCAAUUUUAUUUUAUUUAGCAAUAUUAUUUACAUAUCGGCAAAAUAUAAUAAUCUUUAUAGAAUAUUAAAAUAAAAAUAUUUUUAGGCGUAAUGAUUAUUAAAUUAAACAACUCGUUCAGAAUAAUUAUUAAAAAAACGUAAAAACAGCCUCUAAAAUCUAGGAAAAUUAUCUCACUGAACUGGUAAUUUGAAGAACACCAAUAUUAAAAACCAAUAAUUUAUCAAAAAAACAAUCUAAAUCACAACUUUUUAUUGCUAAACCACCCCAUAACCGGAUUUUGUACGUCCUCAGACAGUUUUGAAGACUCAACAAUAGAUUAAGACAAAUUGCUUGAUUAAACUGGUUUUUUAGAAGGCAUCAAUCCCUUCUGAAUGCGUUCAAUAUCAAUUGUAAGUCAUCUAACCGGUAUUUGAAGGCUUUCACAGGACCCAAAUGAAACUGUAGAUGCUUAAACUGUUUCCUAGCUUGAAUUCGGUAAAUACCAAUUAUAAGUGGUCAAACUUUUGAAAGCUACUAACGACCGGUCAAGGCAUAUUGUAAAUGCUGAAACUUUUUACAAAAGUCUCCAGAACGUUAAGAAAAGCCUUCAAGGCCAAUUAUAAGUGAUCAAACCGGUUUUAGAAAAUUCGGCCACAUGUAAGGUCAAACAGGUUUUAAUACAGCUAUCAGGUUGAUUUGAAGGCGCGAAUGAUCAGUUAAGUAGUACAACCAGUUUUGAAGGUUUAGCAGAAGCCAAGGAUAAAGGUAAUUGCUUUUAAAAAUCGAUAGAUUGGUUUGAAGACCUUUAAGACCAAUAUAAGUGAUUAAACCGUUUUUUAAUGUCGAACGACAGAUCAAUGCCAUUUGUAAGUGGUCAAACCGGUUUUUCAGGAUUCAAUCCAUAAGUCAAGGUCAAUUUUAAGGGUUGAAACUGGUUUUAAAGGUCGCUGCGUUGUUCUGGAAGUGGUAAAAAUGAAUUACACGUGACCAAAUUAUUUUUUUAUGGUUUUAACAACUGGUGAAGACCAAAUGUAAAUGGUGAAAAUCCAGAACGGUUUAAAGGCUAACUUUAGGUAACUGUUUUUGAAGGUUCAAUGACCGAUCAAGGUCAAUUGAAAAUGGCCAAUCAUGUUUUAAUAUAGCCACCAGGUUGAUUUGACGGCGCCAAAGAUCAAUUAAGUGGUAGAAUUAGUUUUGAAUAUUUAGCAAAGGCCAAGGCCAAAUGUAAUUGGUUUUAAAAUUUCGAUAGAAUGGUUUGAAGACCUUCAAAAUCAAUGAUAAACCGUUUUUUUUUUUUUUUUUUUUUUUUUGUUGAACUAUUGAUCAAUUCCAUCUGUAAAGUCAUACAGAUUUUUGAUGGUUCAAACCAACGGUUAAGGCCAAUUUUCACUGUUUAAACUGGUUUUAAGAGUCACUGCGUCGUUCUGGAAGCGGUACAUGAUGAAACCGGUUUUUAAAGUUUUAAAUUACUGCUCAAGGCCAAUAACAAGUGAAAACCUGUUUAAAAUUUCUACAGAACGAUUUAAAGGCAGUCAGUGCCAAUUUUAAGUGAGAAAACCGGUUUUUGUAGGUUUAACUAUUAAUGGUUAAACAGUUUUUACUGUAGCCACCAGGUUUAUUUGAAGGCGCCAAAGAUGAAUUAAGUGGUAUAACUAGUAUUUGAAGGUUUACAAAAGCCACGGCCUAAUGUUAAACGACCGAUCAGUGCCAUCUGUAAAUGGCCAAGGCUAAUCUUACGUGUUUAAACUGAUUUUAAAAGUAACUGCAUCGUUUUGGAAGAGUUAAAAAUGAAUUAUACAUGAUCAAACCGUUUUUUGAAGGUUUAAACAACUGGCGAAGGCCAAUUGCAAAUGGUGAAAAUCUCCAGGACGGUUUAAAAGCUGCCAAGAUCAAUUUUAAAUCAUCAAAGCGAUUUUUAAAAAUCAACGACCGUUCAAUGUCAAUAAUUGUAAAUGGUUAAAUAUCUUUUGAUAUAGUCACCAGAUUGACUUGAAGACGGUAGAGAUAAAUUUUAAGUGAUUUAAACCAGUUUUAAAGGCUUAACAAUGGGCCAAAGUAAACUGUAAUUUAUUUUAAAAGCCAAUGGAUCGGUUUGAAUACCUUUAAGAUCAUUUGUAAGCCAUUAAAUUGGGUUUUUAAGAUUGAACGAGCGUACAAGGUCAUCUAUAAGCCCUUAACAAACUAUACUCGAUAUAAACAGAUGUUACAGGUUUGAUAAAUUAUUGGUUUGCCACAUAUUAUGUUUUAGGACAUUUAGUGUUUUAUCAAAGUACCUUUAAUUGGGUACCUUGUUUUUGAAUCGUUAAACGUAUACAAAAUGCUAUUUAUUCAUGAAUUGCUCUAAAAUCUUUUUUUUUAUUUUUCACUAAUUAUUCAUAAUUUUUGAUUGACCAUUAAACUUUUGACUUUAUUACAAAUAUUUAUCUAAAAAUGCAUUGUUAUUAUUAAAAUAUGAUUCAUAACUGCACUCAUUAGAUCAUGAUUUACUAAUGCAGUGAUCUAAUUAAAUAUUUGAUUAAGAGGAAUGGGUUUGGUUUUUUUCUAAUUAAAAAACUGCAGACAAGAUGAUAUAAUAAUUGUAAAAACGAAAAUGUUCUUCCGGUAAUCACAUUUUCAAAAAUCUAAUAUGAUGAUGAUUAUCCGUUCAUAAAUAUAUAAUGGAGGUAACAUUUAUAUUUUUAUAUGGAUAGAACAAGUUUUAUUUCAAAUUGAUUUUCAUUAAAUACAGGUAUUUUUGAACGAUUUUUUGUCAAAAAAUAUUUAAAAGUGGUUCAUUUUCUAUUAUCGCUUAUUCUAGAGCUACUUUUGUCACUUAAGUCUCGAGACUUAAUUUUUUUUAUUUGCAUUUGGAUCAUUAAUGCAUUUGGAAAAUUCUAUUUGAAUUAGAAAACUUAAAAAAGCGACAUAAGGAAAAUUAUUUAACUUUCCAGACGAAUAACCAAACUAAUUAUAAUUAUUUCCAAAUGGUAAGUAAUAAUAUUUAGUUUAUAUUCCAACACUUAAAAAUAUCAAUAUCAUAACUGAUAACUUAUUCAAAAAGAGCCAUAGAAGGGUAACUUAUUCAUCACCGGAUAAUUGUAUAUAAAGUGUACAGGCUGGGAUUUUAUUAAUACAAACCUAUCAGUUUAUUACUUACCACAUUGAUUAUCGUUUACCCGGUACAGAUCGGAUCAAUAGCAACGAAGAUAUAGACUUAGGUUCUUUUGGCAUUGCCACUGCACAUGAUUUUUCUCUUCAGCGUUAAUCUACGUUUCGUCUCCUUCACAACGCCGUUUUUUCCGUUUGAUUCUAUCCAAUAAUAGCAGACCUCCCGUGUUAACACAAUAGUCCCUUUGUAGCGUAGCGGUACUGCAGCAUGCGGCUUAUUGUUUCACCAUGUGAAGGUCCUAGUAGUCCCAUUUACCAUACACUCAUUCACCGUCAUUCUAUCCACGUCGUCUAUGAUUAACCGCUAAUGUCCUAUGGUGGACUGUCCAGCCGUGAUACAUCCACGACGUGACCGGAGACAUGACUGCUUAACUGCCGCGAGAACGUGGAUGUAUACUAGUCUCGCGGCUAGCUUCUCCGACCAGAAAAAUGUCGAAUUUACUUAUUUAUUUGGAUCCUCGGUACAAACAAAAUUAUAUUUAUAAACUUUCACGUGUCAUUUCCCUUAAUGUCAAAAUUUGUACUAAAGCUCUCUUAAGCGCAGACCACAAUUUUUGAAAGAAUCUUUUAUUGAAUCCAAAAAUAUUCUCCAUACAACAUAGAAACAAGUAAAAUCUCGUCCUAAAUUUUCUCCGUAUUCAUUAUUGAACCAAAUCCAAUUUAAAGAAUAGUUUACAUACUGCUUCUCACCAAAAUAUGAUUUAUAUAUUUGAAAUUGUUGAUUGUGGAUUGAAAAAUAAGUACAGCUUCAUUAGUAAUAAAUCACACCGUUUACCCCAUUUUAAUAGUUUGAGAGCCAGUGGCCACUAGACCUACGUUAUAGUAUGAAGGUGUGAACACUAUAGUAGGUAAGAACAGAGAGGUAAACUACUCCCGAAUGCGAAAUACUGGUACGUUUUCACUCAAACCCUUAAAAACGUUUGUGUGUUAUAAACCUUGACAAAAACGUUAUAGUAUAAAUGAAAGCUGAUUUUUUAAUAUGUUCAACUGGAUAACAUAGUCCCCAAUCAAAAAGUGCCUGACACUUUUGGCGGAGGCUUACGUCUGUCAGACACUUUCAAGGUCAUAAAAUAUUGAACUUACAUCAGUAUAAAAGCUGAUUUUUUUUGUGUUAUUUAAUAAUAAUAAUAAUGAUGAAACAGCCUGACAAAUUUGAUGGGUCUAACAGUAAAAGGCCAGGCGUGACUAUGAGCGAAAGAACAUCAUUCAUGUACAUAAGUCUACACGUUGCAGUUGUCUGGGUCUCGAAAGCCCAACAAUUGACAGCUAUUCGCAAACUAUAACAAAUUCAAAGAAAAGCAUGUCUCAACAUAACGAGCCAUGAAAGUCAUUCUUAGUAUCUCCUUGAUCUUUACAUCAAGGAGGUUGCUCUGAUGACAGUGACUCGGGUCUGCACGGUUGGAAUAGAACCUGAUGUAGGAUCUGUUAAGGCGAGAAGUCGCUUUUGGCAGGAGGCGCUUAAUACGCUUCCACUGCUUAAAGCAAACAUGGACUCCAUCUCACCAAGAUAUAUCUUUCAUAAGCCAUAUAAAGUUAAAACGAAACAAAAGAAGAGCUGGAAGUGGCAGGUAGGAUUCAUAUCCUACACCGACGGUUUUAAAACAAAAUAAGUUUCAGGAUGUGGAAUAUAUUCCAGAUCCUUAAACCUAAAUAUAAAAUGAACUUCCUUCAUACUGAGCUCACGGAUAUUCUCACAGCAGCAAAAGAAGUUACCAGAAACCAUAUCACUGGAAGAAACAUGCUCAUCUAUACAGAUAACAGACAAGCAUUACUCACCCUGGACAUAUCACGAAUUUACUUAGGAUUAUUACUAGAUUGUCACGAAGCUUUGGCCAAAGUAUCCAUCAACAAUGUGGUUUCCUUAAGAUGGAUCAUAGGUCACGCUAUACUGAAAGACCGUCUUGCUGAUUCACUAGGCAAGAAUGCAGACAAAUCAAAUACUUUUUGGAACUUGCCAUUUUAUUGGACUGACAACAUCGGUAAUGAUAGACCUAAUUAAACAGCAUUCCUUUGUGAAAUUCAAGAAAAGAAGAGAUGAAACAAGAAACUGCAGAGUUGCUAGGGAGCUUUUAGGUUAUCCUGACAACACGGUAGCAAACAAAUACUUGACUAUGACUAGAUAGAAUCUGCGCCUAAUAUAGUGUACACACAAAUAAUAAAAUCUUAACCCUCUCUAACGAAAUUAUAAUAAUAAAAAAAAGGAAAUUGAUUUUUUUUGUGGAAGAUGAAUUAAUAUUAAAAAUUAAAGAAAAGAAAAGGGGGAAGAAAAGAAAAUAUAGAAAUUUUAUGAGGAAUAAAUUUGACAAAGAAAUAUUUUUAAUUUUUAACCGACCGAAAAAAAAAUUGAACUGUAAGCUCACAACUAGCUCAAAGGGAGUGGGUUCUCACUGCUUCGGAUUCACAGAUGAAUUUUGCUACUAGUAACUAGUACGAAAAGGACGGCAACAAGAACUAAGGACGCCAGGUAUUUUAGGAACAGAAAAUACCAACUGUACCUUCUGUGAACCUGACAAAUUGGAUAAUGUGCACAACAAUUGUGGUUCAAUAGGUAAAAUAAUAAAAAUAUUAAAUAAGUAUUGUUUUUAUUCCUUUAUUCUAGCAAGCAGGGUCUGGUGUUAGGCCGGUGUUCUGAGAUUCUUGGUGCUGUUCUGCAUCUGCUGGUGUUGUUCUUCCUGCAGGAAGAAUGGGAUCAUUCCGUUCUUAAAUUUUUGCUUCAAAACUUGAGUGGGUUUGUGCUCUAAAACUUGAGUUUCUCUUCCAGAGUGUUCUAAUGUGGGCCUUGUUGUUGUUAGGCCCAGUGAAGUCAAAGGCUCUCAAAACAGAAAAAUAUAUAUCUCGAACCAAUUUUGGUAGAGAAUUGAGGUUUCCCCGCUCGCUCGGUCAAAUCGAUCGCGUACCUCUCCGAAUUCUUUAUUUAGAAUAUUAAGAUUCAAAAUUUAAUUUUUGAAGAUUGUGUUACGAAGGGACGGUAAAAUUUACCGUAACACCUCAUACUAUAACGUAGGCAUAGCGGUCGCUGUUUUUUUAGCAUAU